AGGAUUACGACUAUUUCGAUUGCUAGACAAUCGAGCUCUCUCUCUUCUCUUUGUGCAAAUUGCAUUGAAAAAAAAAGAGACAUGCAAUUAUAAUAAUAUACAAGCAAGAUAGCAAUAGAUUUUCUAUAAAUAAAUAAUUAAAUAAAUAAAAACUAGAAAAUCAUAGCAGCAGUGCUGAAUCAGCUGUUUAAAAUGAUGAUCAGUUGUUGAUUUUUCGUUGUUGUUAUUACAAUAUAAUUACUGCAAUAAUUUAUUCUUUGUCUUAAAAAAAAAUACAUUAAUGUUUGUUUAUUUUUAAAUUUUAAUUAUUUAGUUAUAUAUGGUUAAUUAACAUCAGUGAAUUUAGUUAAUCAAUAAUAAUGCUGGAGCAAUCUAAACAAAUCAAAAAUUAUUAAUAAAAACAAAUUUACAUUUAUUAUAUGAACAAAUAAAAAAAAGAGCAAGUUGAAUUACAAUGGCUGAUUUUGAUGCAAUUUAUGAAGAAGAGGAAAUUAAUGAACAAAAUAAUGAAGAUAAUCAAAUUAUAUUUGUACCAGAUCCAAUUAUUGUUCGUGGUGCUGGUAAUAUGACAGUUUUUGGACUGAGUAACCGGUUUGAGUCUGAUUUUCCAAAUGGUCUUGUAUCACGUGUUGCACCAGAAGAAUUCAAGGCAACUGUUAUGCGUGUCAAUGGUGUCCUUAAAAAAACACUACCAGUCAAUGUCAAAUGGCUAUUUUGUGGAUGUUUUUGUUGUUGUUGCACACUUGGUAUAAGUUUAUGGCCAGUUAUUUGUCUCAGUAAAAGAACACAACAUUCACUUAACAAAUUAAUGGAAUGGGAAAAUAGUCGAUUGUAUCACAAACUUGGAUUACACUGGAGACUAGCCAAACAAAGAUGUGAUAGUUCUUCCAUGAUGGAAUAUGUAUUGUUAAUUGAAUUUAUUCCUAAAAUUCCAAUAUACAGACCCGAUUGAAAUGAAAAAAAUAACGUCCAUUAAAAAAUAGUAAUAAUGAUGAAAAUAAUAUAAAUAAUUCUAAGAUAUUUUAAAAAACAAAUAAUAGUGAUUUAAAUUUUAAAAAUGGGUAAUAAUUAAAGUCGAUAUUUUUGUAAAUAUAGAUAUAUCACAUAAUAAUCUAAUGAUAAUAUUUGUUUUUUUUUUUUUUUUUAGUUGAAGAAUAAAUAAAUAAAUAAUAUAAAAGAAAAUAUGUAAUCUUUUAUACUAAUUAAUUUAUUGUUAUAUAUUUUUCAUGGCCUAGAUGAUUAUAUUGAACUCAAAAAACAUUUAACAUGCAAUCAGUCAUAAUUGGUAGUUACUAUUAGCAGUUUAAAUUCAUUUUAUAAUUAUCUUUUUUUAGACUAGAAAGCUAGAGUAAUGCCAUGUAAUGAGCCAUUAAUUUAAAUAAAAUUAGAUAGAGUAAAUUUAAAUAAAACUCAUCACAAUUGUUCAAGCUACUUAUGAAAAAUGUGGUUGUAGUAAACUUGACUGUUUUUAUUAUUUUUUUUUCUUUUUAAAAAUUUAAUUUGUUAUGUUUUUUUUUUGGUGAUGAUUUGAUGAAAAAUAAAAUAAUAAUAACAUAAACACUUGCUACAUAUUUAGUGGUAUGUGAUGAGAAUAAAGACUAGAAUUAAAAAUUCAAUAAAACGCUUGAUAAUAUUAUUUUUAGAUAAAUAAUUUUGUGUUUUUAUUUAGUACGACAUCAAACAAUGCUACUUAUGAAUUUUAAAAGUAUAAAAAUUACUGCAGUUUUUAUGAAAUAAUUUAUGUAAAAAAAAAAAAACCUUUGUUGCCUUUGCGAAAAUAAAAUCAGACACGCAAAAGUAUGUCACGAUAUUUUUAUUGUACAAAAAAAAAUAAUAAUUUAAGUAACAAAUUAAAGAGAAAAUUCAAAAAAAUAAAAAUAGAAUUUCGUUGAGGAUGUUUUGUUGAAUUAGUUUGUACUCAACCACAUGAAAAAAAAAAAAGUAAAAUAAAAUAAAAAUAAGAUCAAAAUGGUAAAACAAAACAGUUUUAAUAAAUUAUUUAAAAAUUAAUUUUACAGCUUAAUCUAGAUAUUAAAAUAAAUUGACAUUAAUUUUUUUUUUUUUCCAUUUAAAAUAAAAACAACUUGGAUUGGAAAAUAACACCUUUAAUUAAUCCUCCAAGUAUUUUUUUUUUUUUUAUUUAAAUUUCUUUUUAAUUAUUAUUAUAUUGUUAUUAAAAAAUUUCUAGAACAUCGAGUUCAAUAUACGAUUAAAUAAAAAUUACAAGACGGAAGCCACUGAUCAUCUAGAAACGAUUGAGAUUUUUUUUUUUUUUCUCUUUCUUUAUUUUUCAAGACAGCUUUAUGAUCUCUUGCUUGUUCAUUAUGAAUUUUUAAUUAUUUUUUUUUUCUUAUUUGUCAAGAAUAAUAAAUUCCAUGCUAUGGUAAUUGAAGACAGG